AUGAAAUUCCUUAGCCUCCUCGUAGGAGCGCUGGCACUCGGCCAAGUGUCCGCUGCUCCCGCGCACAUCAAACGGGCCCAACCUACGGAUCUUGCCGAAGCUCCUGUAGCCAACCCAAUCCCAUUCGCAAAUCUUCCUUAUGCUUUCGGCAAGCAGCCUCCCGUACCGCGCCCCACAUACCCAUCGGGCAAACCGGUCCCCGUUCCGACAAAACCUGUCCCUUCUCCAACCAAAACUAGUACUCCACCUACAACUACUUCCGUAAUUACCAAGCCUACCGAAAGUCCCCAGGCAUGCAAGGCCAAACUCGAGCUGUUGUUCAAGGAGGAACACUCUUUGAGCCUUGACAUUAAGCUUCGCAUUGUCGACUUCAUCAAGGCUGUCAAGGCGAUCAAGAUCGAUUUUGAGUUUGAGAAAUUCUUCGAGCUUAUCGUCAAGAAGGAAUUCAAGGGAGACGAAACCGACAUUGACGUGGUUCUCAGCAUCUUCAAGGAACUCAAGGUUGAAAUCGACCUUCCCCAAGCCAAGAAGCUCCUUGGCAUCCUUGUCGUCAGCGCCGACAUCAAAAAGCAACUGCACGUCCUUUUCGAGAUCCGCCAGACUCUCAUCUCUUGCGGUAUUCAAACUGGUUGGAAGUUUAUCUUGGAUAUUUACAAGAAGGUUAUCUUUGAUCUCGAACUCGCUAUCGAGUGGUUCCACAACGAAUGUAGCAAAUUCAACAAACUCUUUGCUAUCGACAUUGAAGCUUUUUUCAAACUUGUCUUGGAGAUCAAAGCAGACUUCAACUUUCAUGAUUUCUUCGCGCGCCUCAUUGUCAAAAAGGAAAUCACAUUUGCCAUCAUUAUUGAAACUUUUAAAGAAUGCGGCAUCACACAGGAACUGCACGUUCGCCAGAUUCUCAUCAAAUUUGCCGGCGAUGUAGAGUUGGCUGUCAGCAUUUUUGGAAAGCUCGUUGCAUCGAUCAAGGCGGUUGGCGUUGAUGUCUUUCUGAAGAUUUCCCAGCGCUUUGCCUUCAAACUUCAAGUUGCUGUAAAGGAGGUCGUGCAAUGGUUCCACAGCAUCCACUCUGGUAUCCAGUUGCAAGCAUUCAUUGUCUACUGCCAAUCUCUCAAAUUUGACUUUGAUGUCAAGCUCUUCCUUGAAAAGAUGCUGCAACACAAGGGCGUCUUUGAUGAAGCCGCUCUUUUGAAGAUUUUUGUCGAGCUUGGCAUCCAGAUUGACGUCAGCAUUCUGCGAAAGAUUGUAGUCGUUUUGAACAAGGGACAGUUUGAUCUCGACAUUUUCGGAAAGUGGGUAUUCAUCUUCAACUGGAUCGACAAGGUUGACGACUUUUUCGGCGUCUGGGUCAGCGGCAUCGAAAAGUUCGUCCUCAAGGUUGGAACUUUGGUCGACGUGACCGUCGACAACUUCAAGUCUAUUCUGGUAGAGCUCCCGCUUGCGCUCUCUAUCCAGUUGAAGAAGUGGCAUUUCGCCGAAUUUGUUCUUGAGAUCCGCAAACUUCACCCUGGCUUUGACUUGCGCAUCUUUUUUGAAAACUGGAAGAAGAUUGAGCACCGAUUCGAUUUUGGAGCUUUCCACAAUUUGUUGAAAGUCACACUUGGAAUUGAUAUUGACAUCAACGUUUCCGUGCGAUUGUUCGAGGUGUUGUGCGGUGGCAAGAACUAUGAUAUCAAGAGUGCUGUAGCCAACUUUGAACUGAUCCGCAAGGGCUUGAACAAACCGCUCAACAAAAACUACAACUUUGCCAAACAGUUGGGCUUCUAG